GCAUUGCGACCUGGGACACACUGGCGUCAAUACUACUCUGCGAUUAGUCGUCGUCUCUCCACUAACAGAUCGAAGGUGAGUUGCAGCCGAAGCGCGUGUACACGCGCGAUAUGAGUGAAAAGGGGCUUGUUGCCGUGAGGAAAGAAGUGAGGAGAGGCGAUGAUGCCCAAACGAUUAAUUGUAGGUAUGCGCCGGCCCGAGCUUUCUCCGGCACCUGAAGAUCUUCAUCCCACGGUUCUGCGGACUCCCGAGACGACGAGCAUCACCACCCACAGCCAUGGCCACCCUCCAAUCGAUACCGCGCUUCCUUCUUCCCCGGGGCCCGCUGCUCCUGCGACCUCAAGCACGCGCCUUCCUCCCACUGCCCUCACCCACCAGUGUCCGCCAUGCCUCCAUUACCCCCAAGGGCCUGUCAGAAGAGUUCCGGAGACGGCGAGAAGCACAGCAGCAGAGGGGAGCGCCCGUAAUACCGCAGCCCGACAAGUACCGACCGCCGUCACACAGCAAGCGAGCCCCGAACCGGAAUCUGGAGAACAAGAUCUAUGGCGCGCCCGUAUCGGAAGAAGACAAGAAGCGCAUGGCAUCCAAGAAAUACCCCAAUAUGAUGAGUCCAGAGGGCACCUUCUCGCAUUGGUUCCUCCACAAUCGGGCAAUUCAUCUGUGGAUCACAAUGGGCAUACUCGUCUCCCUCGCCAUAGCCGCAUGGUACAUGGACUUCAUCUCCAAGACCGUCUUCGGCCACUUGCUUCCUACACGCAAAGACUUUGUCCGCCACCCCUUCGAAUCCACCUCGCGCUUCAUUGAAGUCUACAAGAUGCACAUGGCGCAGACGUCGCAGCAGUACCAGCAGCAGAGGCUGCAGAAGGCCGAAGAGGUUGAGAAGAGGAAGCAGUUCCGAUUGGAGAGAAAGAGGGAGGCCGAGGAGAGGGGUGAGGAAUAUGUUGAGGACCCAAGGUAUUACGUUGGUGAGGAUGGUAUCAGGAGGAGGAGGGUGAAGAAGUGGUUUGGCAUCUGGGAGUGAGGUUGUCUUUGGGCAAAUCAUUCGAUCACUGAAAAGCACACCAGCGACAGGUGUAGUGGCGAAGAUUGGACCGUAUCGUAUUCGAGGACAGUGUAGGAUAUGAGUCAUGAGCGACAACAAGUCGUAGGACCGUGAUGACAGGAGAAGUCAACAACCCAAUGUUCGAGCCCCAACUUCAUUUUCGAAAUGUGGGCUAUCGUUGUAACGAGACGUGUACAUGGAAGUAUGUAUAUUAGAGAUUUUGAUCUCAUCUAUCAACAGGAAUGAGAAAUCAGGCACAUCUCCUAGCAGUUCAGCAACAAUAAUGCUGCGCAUUCCAAAGAGAUGCCUAGACUGCUACGAUAAUCUAUCAAUCCCACCUCUCCUUUCUUCUUCCCUCCUGCCAACCCAGACAUCAUCAUCUGGCGCCAUACCCCUCUCUACUCCUUCCAGCCCACAC